GUGCUCGCCUCUUUUGUUACAGCUACAGGUCAAGAUCAAGACAAAUUUUGGGCCCGCGGGAGAGCAAUAGAACCUCCUUGGACCGCGUCCGCAUCUGCAAAGAGUAUGAGUCUUGCGCGAGCAUGUCGCUUCUCCACUGCUGUACCGCGGACCCCGUCUACGUUCGCACCUGCUCUUGUUUCAGCGUCAGCAUGGAGAUCGAUUCCGGGUCCCGGUCAUCAACAGGAGCAGGCGCCGCUGCUGGUGCCAUCCUCCUCGUCUUACUACCGUAAAAAGGCACCACAAGAAAUCUCGCGGACGUCUUCAACAUCGUGUAGGAGCUCGAUGGACCCCUGUGUGCCCUCCUCGUCUUCUAUCGCGAUGAUCGCUACCGGGCGCGAUUAUACAUUUACAUCAGGCGGCCCUACUUCGAGGAUCUCCCCUACCAGCACUCCUUACCCAGUUCCCGACGUCCCUCAUUAUCCGCAGCACGGAUCAUUAGAGUUUCUGAUGCCUUUUCUUCCGCCCGCAGCAAUCACGAGAGUUGGUCCUGCUGUUUCCGGCGAGGGCUACCAGCUUUCACCGCAGGAGGUAGUACCUCGCCCUGAAGCCAUGAUAGGGGAUCAGCGUCCUGCUCUAGAGCAGCUGCAGCAACUCCCCAGUUGCAAAGACAAAUAUCUCGACUUACCGCCGCAUAACGAGGAGGAGAUUGCGGACAUCGAAUGCGCGCAGCACUACUACCGGAAAUGGACCGCGCAGCGGGCUGCGCUGAUUGGGUUGACGAAACUUCGAAAAAUCGACUGCGGCCCGAAGAAAAUACAUUGGGCCUGGUGGAGAGAUAAGCAAAUUGCGAAGAAAAAGAAGAAGAAAUGCAUUUGACGAUGUUGACAUAGACAGUCUUUACAUGGUUUUGUUUUCACUUCCUUGUUGCCCCCACAGCCAGGUUUGAAGACUGUUGAAGUCUUUCUUUACAGUGUCCUGUGUCUGGGUUCUUCGAAAUUAACGACUUUAGCAAAGUGCUUGGCAGACCGCGUCGCACAGACAGUCUGUGGUGCUGCGGACGAGACAGAUCGCUAUUGAAUCGCCAGAUCGAGUAGAUCUUCCAGCAUGUUGUCAGGAUCGUCGGACAUGUUUAUAAUGUGAAAUUCGUUAUCUGAAAUAACUCAUUUGACGUAACGGGGUAUUGCGUAAUCUUUGUGAAAGCAUCUUCGUCGGGAAUCGUUGUCGUUGACCAAGCGAAUUCGUCGAACUCGAUAACUUAGCUAGGUCCUCAGCAUAGAGUCCGCACGUGAUGAGUGUUUCCGUUCCUGGUCGGUUGGCUCAAGCCUCCGCACCUAGAAU